GAGAGAAAAGCCAUGGAAGACAAAGAACUGAAGGAGAAGAGGAAGGUUUUUGUCCAAUCAGUGACUGAGGGCAUGAUAAAUGUCUUGUUGGAUCACCUAUUUGAUGAAAGAGUGCUGAACCAGGAGGAGAUGGAGAAAAUAAGAAAUGAAAAUGCCACAGCUAUGGAUAAGGCCCGAGCUUUGAUUGACUCAGUCAUUCUGAAAGGGCCCCAGGCAAGCCAAGUGUGUAUCACUCACAUUUGUGAAAUCGACUCCCACCUUGCAGAGAAGAUGGGGCUGUCCCCAGAAAAGACUGGGCAAGCUGAGUCAGCAGAAACUACAGAUACCCUCAAGCUUUGUCUUCCUAAAGAUUUCGUGAAAGUGUGUAAAGAAAGGGCUGGAGAGAUCUAUCCAAUAAAGGAGAAAAUGGGCCGCACUCGCCUGGCUCUCAUCAUAUGCAAUAUAGAGUUUGAUCAUCUUCAGCCCAGGCAGGGGGCUGAACUUGACAUCACAGGGAUGGAAGAGUUGCUUGUGGGCCUUGGCUAUCAUGUGAUCGUGGAAAAGAACCUCACAGCCAAGGAGAUGGAGUCAGUGCUGGUGACAUUUGCUGCCCGCCCAGAGCACAGGACCUCAGAUAGUACAUUCCUGGUGUUCAUGUCGCAUGGCCUCCUGGAUAGACUCUGUGGGACUCAGCAUAGCGAUGAAAACCCAGACGUGCUACCUUAUGACACCAUCUUUCGGAUAUUCAACAAUCGCAACUGCCCCAGUCUCAAGGACAAACCUAAGGUCAUCAUUGUCCAGGCCUGCAGAGGUGAAAACCGCGGGGAAUUGUGGGUCAGUGACUCUCCAGCAGCCGUGAUGGACAGCUCUUCACAGUCAGCUGAGAGCCUGGAGGACGAUGCUGUUUCCAAAGCUCACGUGGAGAAGGACUUCAUUGCUUUCUGCUCCUCAACCCCACAUAACGUAUCCUGGAGAGACCCUAGUAGAGGUUCUCUCUUCAUCGCACAGCUAAUCAGAUGCUUCCAACAGUAUUCUUGGCUCUAUCACCUCGAGGAAGUAUUUCGAAAGGUACAACUAUCAUUUGAAAAGCCAGAUGUUAGAGCCCAGAUGCCCACCAUUGAACGACUAUCCAUGUCAAGAUAUUUCUACCUCUUUCCUGGCAAUUGAAAA